GGCUGAAUUUAGUUUUGAUAUAAUUACUCACAACGUAACGUACAGUUGCAGAAAAUGAUAAAAGACGUUUUUAAUAAGACAAUUGUGGUCACGGGAGGAGCUGUGGGCAUCGGAUACGCAAUCGCUGAGAGUUUCUUACAAAACAAUCCAAGAGUUGUCAUUAUUUUAGACAUCAACGAAGAACUUGGAGCUGCAGCUAUCAACAAUCUUGCAGCUAAGUAUGGCGAAAACAAAGUUGUCUUCUUUAAAUGUGACGUUAUAACAGACCUCGAAAGCAUUUCUAAUCGGAUUGUAGAAGAAUACAAAACUGUCGAUGUGCUUGUGAACAAUGCGGGAAUGUUAAACGAUUCGGCCUUUAAGGAAACCAUAGAAAUAAAUGUGACUGCUUUAAUAGAUUGGUCCUUUAAGUUUUGGGAACACAUGAGGAAGGAUAAAUCUGGGAAAGGUGGAACAAUAAUGAACAUUGCUUCAAUUUAUGGAUACAUGAUAGAUCCUUAUGUGCCUGUAUAUCACGCGUCUAAAUUUGCUGUGAUGGGGUUCACGAAAUCAUUGGGACAUGUUAACAACUUUACUAAAUUCGGCGUCAGGGUGGUGGCUAUCUGCCCCGGAUUUACUGAAACCGUCUUAUUAAAAGAUAUGAAAACUUGGACUCCAAAAGUAAAGGAAGAGUUUAAUGCUUACGCAAAAAGUCAGCCGUGGCAGAAACCUGAAGCAGUUGGCAAGGCGGCAGUGGAAGUAUUUGAGAACGCGAAGAGCGGCACAGCGUGGCGCAUUUUCGAUUCACAACCUGUGAUUGAAGUUUGACAAUUUGACCGAGUGCAUGCAAUUGUAUAGAAAAUUUCUUGGCAAUCAUUUUCAUUUCGAACUAAAUAUAAAAACCGAUAUUUUAAGAGUUUUUACUUAUAGUUAACCAAGAUAAUAAAUGCUGUUUAUAACAUUAA